CAAGCAACCGCAAAACAAGCCAUUAACCCCUUUCACAAAUUCCACCAACAAUCCAAAUGCAUCUUCUCACCACCACCAUCCUCCUCCCUCUUCUCUUCCAAUCCGCCACAAGCCUCCCCUGCCACGAGCAGCAAGCCGACCAAACCAUUCUCGAAGCCCCCAUCCCCACCACCACCCGCGUCACCACCGCCGAACACGUCUUCUUCAACACCAACACCAACUCCGGCCUCUACCUCUGCGAGAACGCGCUCUUCCGGGGCUACUGCGUCCACUAUACCCCCCCCUUUGGACAGUGCACAACCAUCACCGAUCAAUUCCCGCCGGGCGAUCGCGGUGUCUCGGCCGCGGGAUCGGAUCGAGGGAGUUGGUGUACGCUGUAUUCGGAGUCGGGCUGUCAUGGCCAGGAACUGCAGAUCCAUUUCCCGGGUUAUGAGAAUCUGGCGUAUUUGGGGUGGAAUGAUCGGGCGAAGAGCUUUAAUUGUGCAGCGGAGUGAGAGCGGACUUUUAGCAUGAGGGGGUGGAGUUUGCUGAAAGAUAAGUUAUUUUGUUAUGUGGAGGGGUAUAUGGGAAACGCAUAGUACCGGGGAUACGCAGAAUGAGAUGUCUCACUUUUAUUGUUG